AUGUUAUUUUCUGCGUUACUCCUUGUUUUCCCGGAGAUCACUUGCGGACCUAUUGGAACAUAUUGGAUGUCAUCCCAGCAACUCAAAGGACCUGUUUAUACCUACGACUUUGGCAGAUUGCAGGGCGCAUCAGAUCAUACAGCUCCCACUGAGCCUUUACCGAUGGAGACCCCUCCCCCCUUGGAGCACUUCUCCCUACACGGAGGCCAAGAGCGAUACCGUUGGCGCAUGACUGACACCGGGCAAUCGCACUUCGCGAACAUGCUCACAAUUCCAGACUGCACCUUCACCCUCCACCUCCGCCACAAUAUAAAAGCAAGCCCAAGAAGCAUCAGCUCCCCAGCGACAGUUCCAACCACGAUACCCGCAAUCGCACCUCCCGAGAGCCCAUCUGAGGAUGAUGUCCCAGCCCCUUCGGACGCGCCUCGGGACGGAGUACCGGCUAUGUGUGCCGGACGCCGUGGUACUAAUCGUGUAGUCGCUCGAGCCGUAUAG